UAGUGAGAAGGAAAAGUGGGAGGAUGUUACUCCCAUCCUCUGGAGCUUGACCCAAACUAAACAAGCGACUGAGAGACGUCUGACUACACAGGUGUUCACACCGACAGUCAAACAUGUUGCCGUUGGUCCUGUUCUGGAGUAGUUUUGGCCCUGCAGUAACAGCUUCCACAGUGCUGCAGGAUGCACCCUGCUUUGUGGAUGACAUGGUUGCAGCGCUGCAUGAUGCCACGGGGAACGAUGGUGAGCUCGUAAACAGCAGCCUGACUUUGCUUGGAAUCUGCAGGGAGUCUGAUUAUUCAUCCCGACCAGUCCUGUCAGAACUCAGUGUGGGAAUACGAAGGAACAACAGAAGAGGCGUGGAGGUUCUGUAUCCAGCUGCAGUGCUCAUAUCAGAAGAAGAUGAUCAGGAAAACAUCAUGGUAACCUUUGACCUCCCUCAGUCCCCAUUAUUCAAGCUAAAACCAGUGCUGGUCUUAGCGUUUAAAAGCCCACUCACAGAUGGAGAGCUGGGCGUCACUUUCUCCAGUCAGUUUCUGCAGCCAAACACGCAGUCUGCUUGCAUUUCAGGCGGGACUAUGUACAUACUGCUUACUGGAAGAUCAUCUGAGGGAAAUGUUGACCAGAAAUGGAAGGUUUCUGUUCAGGCAAAAUCCCCGAAUAUGAAAGAAAACCUGAAAGAUGUCCUUAUUGGUGGAAAAUCAGGAAGCAACAUGACUCCUCUUCUGCUUUUCUAUGUAGAUACAGGAACUGAUAGAAGGCCAGGUUCAUCACUGGCCUCUUUGGAGACAUCCUCCCUCUCCUUCCUCUGUGAGCUGAGGCGCUUCCUUGAUGCCGUCUUGCCCCAGCACCGCACCGAGCCCCCUCUGUUGCGACUCGACUCCUUGCAGUCCCUUCCUCCCCUGGCUCUUGGCCUAUCCACCAGCGAGACCCUACUGGUGGAAAUCAUUAACUCCACCGCUCCCACUAUCUUUUCCUUUACCAGCUGGAGCUCCAGCCAACCGGUGCAUCCUGGACAGCUGGCCCUCUCCCCUGAUCUGCUGGAGGAGCUCAGGCAGAGGCUGGAGAAGAAUGAGGAGCAGAUAAAGGAGAUGAUAAGGCAGGGAAUGUUGCCUAACAGAGCGUCAGAGAAGCUGGAUAGGCUCAAAGAGCUCAGUGCUUUCCAGAGACAGGAACCAGCAGCAGGAGAGAGCCAAUACUGCGCCUUCCUCCUCCUAAAGGCCCUACAGACGGUGACCCGUACAUACAACAUGCAGAAAAAGCUGAGGGCCACCAGAGCAGGCCCUUCAACCAGGGGACCCAUCUGCGGGCUUGGGAGUCUCACAGUGUCCCUCGAAAAGCUCCUCUUGGGUCCCCAGAGCGCUGACCUCAACAACUGCCGUGGCUCGUGCACAUUCCCAUUAACCAACAGCAACAACCACGCUGUCUUACUCAGCUACCACAUUGAGAGGGGAGACAUGAACGAGCGGGGGCCCUGCUGUGUGCCACUGGCCUACGACCCCCUGGAGGUGAUAGACUGGAACGACGAGGGCAGCUUUCUCUCCAUCAAGCCAGAUAUGAUAGCCAAGGAAUGCGGAUGUCGCUAAAAGUGUUUCAGAAUAGCUGAGAUAUGUUCUUCAGAGGGAAAAGAUGUUGCGUUCUUUUGUUGCAUGCAGUAUUUAUACAGUUGUACUAAUCCACUUUAUUUAAAUAGAUUUCUUUCGAUAUAACUAAUAAAUGUUACACGAUGCAUGCUAGAAUUGUUCUUUCUGUCUUAAUAUGUACAAUCAAAAAUAAAUAAUUACACUGAC